UAUACUCGUAUAUUUAUAAAGCCUGAGAAAGCUGUAGCAAAAAACUCAAAACGUGCUCUUCUUAUCAUAAUAAUGGCCACCACCAAAAUCCAAGACGAAUCCGACAAAGAAAGCACCACUUCUUCUUCACUAACAAUGGCGGAAAAUUCUACUCCUCGGAGUUGGAUGAGUAGUACUACAAAUCUCAGCUUCAGCAGCAGUCGUCGGACCUCCAUUUCUACAGAAACUCCAUAUAAUUUCUCCAACUCUCACAAACCCCACAAGUCAAAUCAAAUCCCUUGGGAACUCAUUAAAAAACUCCGAGUCAAAACAGGUCAAAUCAAACUCGAACAUUUCCGACUUCUCCGCCGUGUAGGUGGCGGAGACAUCGGAAAUGUUUACGUAUGUGAAAUUAGAAACCCUAUUGUAAUCAGUAAUUGGCCAGAAAAUUACACUAUGUCGCGAGGGUUGCUGCCGCAGUGUUUUUAUGCAAUGAAAGUUGUGGAUAAAGAAGCGCUAAUAAUAAGGAAAAAAUUGCAGAGAGCAGAAAUGGAGAAGGAAAUAUUGGGAAUAAUUGAUCAUCCAUUUUUGCCAACUUUAUAUGCUCAGUUUGAAGCUUCGCAUUAUUCUUGUUUGGUUAUGGAGUAUUGUCCAGGUGGUGAUUUGCAUGCCGCCCGGCAACGGCAACCGGGAAAAAGAUUCAGUAUUUCCUCUGCUAAGUCGUUCAUGCAUUUGACAAGUUCUUUUCUUNUUUUAGCACUAGAAUAUCUCCACAUGAUGGGAAUAGUAUACAGAGAUCUAAAGCCAGAAAAUGUUUUAGUAAGAGCAGAUGGUCACAUUAUGCUUUCAGAUUUUGAUCUUUCUUUCAAAUGUGAAGUCAUUCCAACACUUAUAAAAUCCAAACCUAAACCAAAUGACCAAAAAAACACAAGUUGCAUCUCAAAACAUUCUUAUUGUUCUCUCCCUAUUCAACCAGUUUUAUCUUGUUUCUUAUCACCAAAAAUAGAACAAAAAAAAGUUGAAAUUCAAGAUCAUAAUUCAGAAAUUGUUGCUGAACCUAUAAAUGCGCGAUCGCGAUCGUUCGUUGGUACACAUGAAUAUUUAGCUCCGGAGGUAAUUUCUGGACAAGGACAUGGAAGUGCAGUAGAUUGGUGGACAUUAGGAGUUUUUUUAUAUGAACUUAUUUUUGGUACUACACCUUUUAAAGGAGAAAACAAUGAGAAAACUUUGGUCAAUAUUUUGAAAAAAUCAUUGACUUUUCCAAGAAUUGGGAUAAGUAGUACUAGUAAAGAGUAUGAAGAAAUGGUGAAAGUUCAAGAUUUGAUUAGUAGAUUAUUAGUGAAAAAUCCAAAGAAGAGAAUUGGAAGUUUAAAGGGGUCAGUUGAGAUUAAGAGGCAUGAUUUUUUUAAAGGUGUAAAUUGGGCUUUAAUUAGGUCAAUUAAGCCACCAGAAAUUCCAAGUGAUCAUUUGGUGAAAUUGAAGAGUGCUAGAAAUGCUGCUGCUGUUAUUCCAAAGUUGAGCAAGAAACAAAGAGAAGAACCUUAUCAGAUUCCUCAGUAUUUUGAUUACUUUUAAAGAAUGUAAAUAAUAAGGGUAAUUAAUUAGCAGGAUAGAGUUGUAAUCAUGUAUGUUUAUGAAAGGAGAGCUAGUUGUUUUA